GCGCGAGGGCGGCAGCCAAUGGGAGCGCUCGGCGGGAUGCGGCGGAACGUGGAGGUGAAGGCGAGGCUGAGGGCGCGGGAGGAGGUGCUGAGGGCGGCCCUCAGGCUCCGGGAGCUGCUCGGGCCGGGCCCCGGGAGCGGGCAGGGCUCAGGUGAGCACCGGGAGCCGGCCCAGGUGUGCCCCGAGGGAGGGCAGGUGUUGAUCCAGACGGACACGUUCUUCCGGGUGCCGCGGGGGAGGCUGAAGCUGCGGCGGAUGCAGGAUGGUCGGGGUCAGUUGAUUUUCUACGAUCGCCCCGACAUGGCCGGCCCCAAACUCUCCAGUUUCAGCAUCAGCCCCACGGCCGACCCUGAGGGGCUGCAGGUGGUCCUGUCCCAGGCCCUGGGCACGCUGGGCACGGUGGUGCUCUCCCAGGCCCUGGGCACGCUGGGCACGGUGAGGAAGGAGCGGCUGCUGCUGCUGCUGGGUCAGACACGGCUCCACCUGGACCAGGUGCAGGGACUCGGGGACUUCCUGGAGCUGGAGGUGGUUCUGCGGCCGGAGCAGAGCGAGCAGGACGGGCAGCGCGUGGCGCAGGAGCUGCUGCAGCACCUGGGGGUGCAGGAACAGGACCUGAUCUCAGGAGCCUACCUGGACCUGCUGCUGGCACGGGGACACCCCGGGGACACCCUGGGGACACCUCCUGGGACCCGCUGUGACACUGGGGACACCCUGGGGACAGCCCAGGACAGCGGGGACACCCCGGGGACAGCCCCUGAGACCCCCUGAGAUCCCCUGUGACAC